AAAUAAUCAACUGAACUUUCCCCCUUCCUUUUAUCAGCCCUUUGUCCCUUUUUUUUUUUCUUAAGUGUACAUAUUAGAUUAUGCGGCCUUCUUGUUUGAGUUGGCUAUUGUUUGCAGCAGUGCUGCUUAUCGCGUUUGUUAGUGCAAAAGACUAUUACAGUAUUCUGGAUGUCCCAAGAGAUGCACCAAAAGCACAAAUUAAACGACAUUACAAGAAACUGUCAAGAGUAUACCAUCCGGACAAGAAUCCAGGAAAUGACGAAGCAUCGCAAAAGUUUAUGGAAAUAGCAAAUGCUUAUGAAGUCUUGAUGGAUGACGAGAAGAGGGCCAUCUAUGACCGCUAUGGAGAGGAAGGAUUGAAACAAAACCAAGGCGGAGGAGGCGGUAACCCUUUCCACGAUCCAUUUGAUAUAUUCUCGCACUUUUUUGGAGGAGGAGGUAGAAACGCUAGACACCAGGAGAGGAGGGGACCUGAUACGGUUAUCCCGCUUGAAGUCAGUCUUGAGGAUUUAUAUAACGGCGCAAAUAUUGAAGUAGACGUCUCAAAGCAAGUACUUUGUGAUCAUUGUCAUGGCAGUGGCGCGCGUCGACCUGAAGAUAUCCGUACCUGCUCAACUUGUGAUGGACAUGGCAUGAUCAUUAAGCGUGUCCAAAUGGGUCCUGGUAUGUUUCAGCAGUUUCAACAGCACUGUACAACAUGCGGUGGAAAGGGAAAAACCAUUGCCCAUGUCUGUCCUGCUUGUGGCGGUAAGAAAGUGCGUCGAGGUAAUGAAAACUACACGCUUCGUGUAGAAAAAGGCAUGAAGGACGGCCAGAGCAUUGUCCUUGAAGAAGAAUCGGACGAGUUUCCAGAAACAAUUCCUGGAAAUAUUGUGUUUGUGAUAAACGCGACUCCACAUCCAACAUUUGAAAGAAGAGGGGAUAAUCUUUAUACCACACAACAUAUUACAUUGAUUGAAGCGCUCACCGGUUUCACUAAAACGCUCAAACAUUUGGAUCAUUCCACUAUUGAGCUCGUCAGGAAAGGCAUUACUCAAUAUGGCUUCGUGCAGACGAUCAAGGGUCAAGGAAUGCCAUUGGAAAAUAAUCCUUCAAAGCAUGGCGAUUUGUUUGUUGAAUACCAGGUGAUAUUCCCUUCAGAAAUUGAUGAAGAAACAAUAGAAUGUUUGAAAAAAGGUACUAAGUAUCCUACUCAUCAAGCACCCAAGCUUGUGCAUCAAGAACUUUAAGAGUGAAGAAGGUUUUAGUCAUUUGAUAUCUUAAAAUGUAUAGAAAUUAAAUAAAUAAAUAAAACACCUCUUGUAGUUUUCGCUACAUACAGUG